CCCCCUGAGCAGUUGGCUCGUACUUUUGAUUUUGAUUUGCAAGUCUCGCCUUUAGAAACCGUCUGUUUAUUUUUUUCCGCAUUUUUGGGGAAAGGAGACAGCAUGGCAGAUACAAGCCCAGAGCAGGUGUGUGGUUUAAGUAAAACAGCAGGAAGUACAAAAGUCACAGACCAAGAGGAAACGGAGACUCCAGAGGUUUUUACUGUGACCUGGAUGCCAGAUGAUCAUAUCAAUGAGUUAACUUAUAUUUUACAAGGGGCACCUGCAGAUAAAGUGGAGAGAGUUUUAGUGCAUUAUGUGGAAGGAAGUAUAGAACCAGCUGGAUGGCGAGCAAUCUGGUCUGUUACAGCCAGACAGUCAAACUCCUUCCUGAACUUGUAUCACAGUGCUGAUAUCCUUGUGGAUGUUGUAAAUGUAAGCCAUGAAAAACUACUGGCAGAUGUCACAAUUCUUGACCCAGUUAAGAUUCCCAGUAAUGAACAUGACCAACAGUUAAUCAAGCAAACAAAGGGAACUGUGAUAAGUAUACCACUGAUGCAGUUAUAUCCGAUUGCUGAUCAAGAGAACUGUUUGAUUGAUAUCAACACAACAACUGAAGUGGUGGAACAAGUUAGAUUUUUCUACGAACACAUAUGGCGAGCUUGGGAUCUAGAAGAAGAAAAUAUCUGCUACACUAGUUCUCUGAUUGCUGCUCGUUUCAAGUUAUAUCAAGAUAUAGAAAGUGGUAUCAUACCAGCAGCAGUUGCUUCAGAGUUACGAAGUCUAGUGAAGAAGGCGCUCUCAGUAAGGCAAGAAAUUGAAAGAAUUGAGGCUUUGGCAGAAAGUGAAGAUCCAGACUCAGACGUUGACCAAAGAGAUGUUGUACAGCUCAUCAAACUGCACCAACAGAUGGAAAAACUUAGGUCACGCUUUGAUUCUUUGCAAGAUCCAGUAUUAAGGAUGCUAUCAAGAGACCAACAAGACAUUGAAUGGUUUGAAUGCCAAGACAAAAAGAAAAAGGGAUCCCCUAUUAAGAUAGUUGUGGAUUCAAUGACCUGCACUGAACUGGCUCUUGAGAUGGCAAAAUUACCUGACCUUAUUAAAUCUUAAAAAAAGGUGCCUGAAGAUAUUUCAUGUCAGUCUUUCCCAACACUACAAUUAGCACUGGAUGAGUCCAUGAAAGGGGAUAUUAUUGUGCUCCUUAGUGGAACUCAUUCACUUCAGCAUCUUGGGCUUAUCAGUUAUGGUGGUAUUAUAGUUGGCCUAGGUGAUAAUGUUGUUAUUGAAGGGAGUGAAGGCACAGGCGAUGUGUUGAUUGACACAAAUGGAGAUUUUGUGCUGCAAAACCUUACCAUAAGACCUUCUGAAGGUCAGGUGGGGAUUGCUCAUCAUAAAGGCAAUAUCAAGCUCAGUGAUAUUUGUUUA